AUGGGACUGCAAACUUGCCGGCAGGAGCUAGUGAGGCUCUUGUCCUUUGCAAUUGUGCUCAGUGCCAGACUGGUUCUGGCCGGCCCUUCGAUCAAUGUCGCAUUGCAAGCAUCCUUUGCUUCUCCGCCUUACCUACUAGAGCUGCUAGAAACGGCCGCAGAGGAAAACCCAACUUCCUACUUUCCACUCCUUGAUCGGAUAGCCGAAGGGCGAUUCAUAGACUGCAAUACGGAUCAAGAAUUAUAUGACAAUUUCCUGCAUGUCUUGAGGGAGGAGGGCCAUAUCGACACUGAGGAGGGCAUAGCCUCCUUCCAAUUUGCGCUCUCGAUACACUCUGCAGCGCCUCGGAUUCAAGCGCACUAUCAGUAUUAUGAAACCUCCAUUGAGCCGUCACUGAUGGUUGCACAAGACGCGGCUUGUCCAAUAUGGGUCCACUUUAAUGGUAAACAAUACUGCUCGCCUGCUCUGGACAAGGCCCAGCAGGACGCAGGGCAGAUCAAGAACCUUGCGGGGCUGCCAUUUGAUCGGAUAUUGGACGCGCCUGUAGACUCUGAAGCAGUACCAUCAGUCCUUUAUGCCGAUAUCACUUCUCCACUAUUUGGACAGUUCCAUCACACUAUCAGUGCUACGGCAAGGAAUGGGGAGACAUCGUAUAGGAUACGAUAUAGGCCGCAAGGUUCGCAGGAGAGAAAGCCUUUACCGAUCAAUGGAUAUGGAGUAGAAUUGAUGCUCAAGCGCACCGAUUACAUUGUCAUUGAUGAUCGUGAGGCCGCAAAGGAGGGCGAGGAUGAGGCUGACUUUUCUGAGGAGACGGCUUCUGACUGGGAGGCACCCCCAAUUUUAGAUACGAUUGACGAAGAGAUCACAGAUCUCAAGCCCUUGGCAGCGAAAGAGCUGUCUGGCCUUGGCCUCAAAACAACUAGCUUUAUCAUGGCGAGUGAGGAUCCAUUCGAAACAUUAAACAAGAUCUCUCGAGACUUUCCUAAGUUUUCCAUGCCUCUUUCGAAGCGCAAUGUCUCGAAAGAGGUUCUUGCCGAGCAUCGUGUCAAUCGUGAAAAGUUUCUCCCCGCAGGUUACAAUGUCAUUUGGAUGAACGGUCAGCAAAUCCAGUCGAGAGAGAUGGACGCGUAUGCUUUGCUUCAGCAAUUGCGAAGGGAGCGUCAAAUUGUAGGCAACCUCCAAAAGCUGGGCUUCACUGGCGCAGAGUCAGUGAAAAUCCUAUCAAGUUCAGCCAUUUCAGAAUCGAAAGUGGAGGAGGAUUCUCAACGCUACAAUUAUAGGGACGACAUCGAAGGUGGAGGAGUGAUUAUCUGGCUCAACGAUAUCGAAAGGGAUCAGCGAUACAGUUCAUGGCCUCCUGAAGCCUCAGCUAUUUUACAACGAACAUGGCCAGGUCAAUUGCCGCAAGUACGCAGAGACAUUCACAAUGUGGUCAUCCCAAUGGAUUUGACGGAUGAUCAAGAUCUUGAAAUCAUUGUGGAGCAACUACAGAUGGCUGUGAAGCGCAAAUUCCCUAUCCGGUUUGGUAUUGUACCUUUGCUGACAACAGCGAAUGCCAUUGAUCAGGCAAAAGUGGUCUACCAUAUCUGGGAUUCAUAUGGCCUCUCUGCUCUAUUCUCUUACCUGGAACUCAGUAGAAAAAGUAAAGGACCAGCUGUUCUUCGGGGCAAUUUUGAGUCUUCUGUGAAGGAUCGUAAGCUUCGCCAUGGUCGGCUAGCAGCUGACUUUCAAGAAGUGCUUCAAGGAGACAGCGAGAACAUGCAGGCUUUGGACGAGUCGUCAGGAGAAAGUCUCAGCGCUACCGCAAAUGCCAUCUCUCUAGACCUCGUUCGUAGGUACUUCAAACGCUUGGGCAUUGUGAGUCAGCCUGCGCCAUUCUUCUCAAACGGGGUAGCCAUGCCUCGAAAUGACAAUUGGCUUUCAGCAAUGACAUCGCGCGUGGACGCGGAUUUGAGGAUGCUCCAGCGUCAGGUGUACGAGGGGCAAAUUCCUGAGGACAGUUGGCUUGCUGGUCAGCUGAUUGAAAAUGCGCCCGCGUAUCGUAAUGCCCUCAUUGUGCCAGAAGACGAGGCUAGCAUCAAAUUUGUUGAUAUUGGAAGCCUUACUGACGCGCAAAAAGACCUCUAUGACACUCUUCCCCACGUUCCGUCGGUACCAGAGGCUGUCGGGAUGGAAAGGUUUGCCCCUGAACUCACGAUCAUUGCCAAUUUUGAUUCAGAGGAUGGCGUGAAGCUCUUGCUAGAAGGUGCGAAGUUUCAACGAGAGCAGCCUGAGGUCGAAGUCAGACUUCUGCAUAAUCCCACAAGUACCAAAUUGGCAGCUCGAUCGAUCAUGAUCGCUGAGCUUGCUAGAAGGAAUCAUGGACGACUAGAACGCGGAGCACUUGAGUCAGCUUUGCAUGCAGAAAGACCGGCGAGUGAACAUAGCCAACGCACAAUUGAGGAAGCAGAAAGCACCUGGCAGGGAUGUCAGCUACUUAUCAGAGCAUUCUCAUUGACUCCUGGUGAACACUCGUUAAUUUUGAAUGGCAGAAAGGUAGGCCCUUUGCCUCCGGCGGCUGUCUUUUCGCUCGAAGACUUCAGUUUCCUUCUACAGUACGAGCGCCAAAAGCGACUUUUGCCAGCUGAAAAGGCUUUGACCACUCUCGGCUUGCACGAUCGUCUAAAAUCAGCGUCCGAUUCGGCGGUUCUUACCUCUACCAUUGCGCUUUCAGCUAUCUCGGAUAUACCUGAGGGUAUUUUUGACUCAUCGCCAACAGUCCGUAUGGACAGAUUUCGUGACUGGUCAGAUACUUACACCAUGAUCACGACUGGGAACGUGGAGACUUCUUCGAUCCAUCUCGUGGCCUCAAUCGAUCCCACGAGCCAAGUUGCGCAGAGGUGGAUACCCAUUUUGAAAGUGCUUUCGGAACUCAGUGGGGUCCAUGUGAAGCUAUUCUUAAAUCCACGGGAAAAGAUGCAGGAGCUCCCAGUUAAGCGUUUCUAUCGCCACAUUCUAGAGUCGAAGCCAACGUUCACCCAAAGCGGCGGUGUCAGUGCUCCUGGGGCAAUUUUUCGAGGGGUACCAGAAGAAGCUCUGCUGAAUCUCGCCCUCGAUGUCCCACCAGCUUGGCUUGUCACUGCUAAACAAUCCAUUCACGACCUUGACAACAUCAAGCUCAGCGCACUCAAGAAAGGAGAGGACGUAGAUGCUUUGUACGAGCUAGAGUACAUCCUGAUCGAGGGCCACUCGAGGGAUGUGUCUGUUGGCACUCCGCCUCGCGGAGUCCAAUUGUUCCUCGGUACUGAGAGGAACCCGCAUUUUGCGGAUACGAUCAUCAUGGCGAACCUAGGAUAUUUCCAGUUCAAGGUCAACCCUGGCUACUGGACCCUGAAAUUACAGUCCGGAAGAUCCUCCCAAAUAUUCGCCAUCGAUAGCGCUGGACAAGAGGGCUGGUACCCCGCGCCUGGCGACCACAGCACCGACAUCACCUUAAUGUCAUUCCAAGGAAAGACGCUCUAUCCGCGGCUAUCCAGGCGACCCGGUCAGGAGAAUGAGGAUGUACUCGAAGAAGGAGGCUUGUCUAUCCUCAAGACUGGUGCCGCGGCCCCUUACAUUCAGAAAGCGAGCAAGCUCGCCUCCUCUUUUCUUUCCAAAACCGGGCUCAUCCCUUCAGGCCCCCAACAUGCCGACAUCAAUAUCUUCUCUGUUGCCUCCGGCCACUUGUACGAGCGUAUGCUAUCCAUCAUGAUAGUGAGUGUGAUGCGCCACACCAACCGCACCGUCAAAUUUUGGUUCAUCGCUCAAUUUCUCUCUCCCUCCUUCAAAGAGUCCCUCCCUACCCUCGCCUCCCACUACCACUUCGAUUACGAACUCAUCACCUACAAGUGGCCGCACUGGCUACGCGCUCAACCAGAAAAGCAGCGCCAGAUCUGGGGCUACAAGAUCCUCUUCCUGGAUGUGCUCUUCCCCACCUCCCUUGAGAAAGUCAUCUUCGUCGACGCCGAUCAGAUCGUCCGCACAGACAUGUACGAUCUCGUCACACUCGACCUCGAAGGCGCCCCAUAUGGUUUCACACCCAUGUGCGACUCCCGCACCUCGAUGGAAGGCUACCGCUUCUGGAAAACGGGCUAUUGGGCCAACUUCCUGCGUGGGCUCCCCUACCACAUCAGCGCCCUCUACGUCGUUGAUCUUGUCAAAUUUCGCGAGAUUGCAGCCGGUGACCGCCUGCGGGGACAGUAUCAUCAGCUCUCUGCGGACCCAGCAAGCUUGUCGAAUCUGGACCAGGACCUGCCCAAUCACAUGCAGCAUGUGCUGCAGAUCAAGAGCUUGCCACAGGAAUGGCUGUGGUGCGAGACGUGGUGUGCGGAUGAGGGCUUGGAGAAGGCAAGGACAAUUGAUUUGUGUAACAAUCCGGAGACCAAGGAGCCAAAGCUCAAGAGGGCGAGAAGGCAGGUCCCUGAGUGGAAUGUGUAUGAUGAGGAGAUAGCGGGUGUGCUGAGGGCUGCUGAAGGGAAGGGAGGGGUCAGGGGUGGUGUGCAAGAGGUCAUGAUUGAGGGGACAGUGGAGGGCAAAAAGGUUCUGGAAAGCUCUGAUCCAGAGGGGAAGAAGAAUGAGGCUGAAAAGGGAGAUGUUCCUGAAGGAAAGAAGAUCAAGGAUGAAUUGUGA